AUGGUUGCUGCAGCCAUGAGGGGUUCGGCCAUGCUCGCGGGGGCUGGCGGGAGCGAGGGAGGGGGUCGGGGUCGGCAUGACGCUAGCAGCGGGGGGAGGGGCCGUGACGGUGGCGGGUGGGUGUGCAGGGGCGGAGCCGAGGGGCGGGGUCGAGGCGAUGACGUUGGCAGGGGCGGGACCCGCGGUUACCGAGGGAACAGGGGCGGAGGAGGCAUUCGGGACGGGGAUGACAGCAGCAGAGGCUACGGGGGUGGGCACGGCAGGGUUGAACACGGUAGGGGGCGGAACGGGUGCGGACACAGUAGGGGCGGAGACAACGGCUGGGGUCGUGAGGACUGGGUCCGGAACUGCGAGGGAGGGGGGAAGGGCCGCGGAAGCGUGGGGGGUGGUGGUUGCUUGCAUGAUUAG